GUGGGAGGGAGUUGAUUGGCUCUGGUUCCGCCCUGUGAGGUUUGUGUGUGUGUUGCUUUCCCAGGCGCUUGUUAUUGUUUGGGGGAAGGGGAGCGAGUGUUGAGUCGUGGAGAGGCUUUGGGAGCUGCUUUAUUUCGCCUGCUGAAGAGACAAGUAGUGAAGCGGCUGCCUGCAUGGGGAACUGCCAUACAGUGGGGCCAAAUGAAGCCCUGGUCGUAUCAGGUGGCUGUUGUGGCUCUGAUACAAAACAGUAUGUGUACGGAGGAUGGGCAUGGGCAUGGUGGUGUGUAUCUGACACACAGCGACUGUCAUUGGAGGUUAUGACCAUCCUCUGUCGCUGCGAGAAUAUUGAAACAUCGGAGGGGGUCCCUUUGUACGUAACAGGGGUUGCACAGGUGAAGAUCAUGACGGAAAGGGAACUUCUAGCUGUAGCAUGUGAGCAGUUUCUGGGAAAAAAUGUUCAUGAGAUUAAAAACGUUGUCCUACAGACACUGGAAGGUCACCUGCGAUCUAUACUUGGAACGCUAACUGUGGAGCAAAUAUACCAGGACAGAGAUCAGUUUGCCAAAUUAGUUCGAGAAGUGGCAUCCCCUGAUGUGGGACGCAUGGGUAUUGAAAUCCUCAGUUUUACCAUCAAGGAUGUAUAUGACAAAGUUGAAUAUCUAAGCUCCCUUGGUAAAUCUCAGACUGCAGCUGUUAGGAGAGAUGCUGAUAUUGGAGUGGCUGAAGCAGAACGUGAUGCCGGUAUAAAGGAAGCGUUAUGCAAGAGAGAAAUGCUCGACGUGAAGUACGUUGCUGACACCAAAAUGGCUGACUCCAAACGUGAAUUUGAAAUGCAGAAAGCAGGUUUUAGCCAGGAAGUUAACACUAAAAAAGCAGAGGCCCAACUGGCUUAUGAACUGCAGGCUGCCAAAGAACAGCAAAAGAUCCGACAGGAAGAAAUAGAGAUUGAAGUUGUGCAACGCAAGAAGCAGAUCGACGUUGAAGAGAAAGAGGUUGUCCGUAUGGACAAAGAACUGAUAGCCACUGUCAGGAGGCCAGCUGAAGCAGAGGCGUACAGAAUGCAACAAAUAGCUGAAGGAGAGAAGGUGAAGCAAGUGCUCGGUGCUCAAGCUGAAGCCGAAAAGAUUCGGCAAAUUGGAGAUGCUGAAGCUUCUACAAUCGAGGCUAUUGGCAAAGCUGAAGCGGAGAAAAUGAAGCUGAAGGCUGGGGCCUACCAGCAGUACGGUGAAGCAGCUAAAAUGGCUAUGGUGCUGGAAUGCCUACCCCAGAUUGCUGCCAAAGUGUCAGCUCCUCUAGCCAAAGUGGAUGAAAUCCUCAUUCUCAGUGGGGAAAACAGCAAAAUAACUGGAGAAAUUAAUCGGUUGCUUGCUGAGGUCCCAGCUUCAGUACAAGCACUUACUGGUGUGGAUCUGACCAAGAUUCCCCUGAUCCAGAAAGCCACAGGCAUCAUGGCGUAAGGAUAAGAACAAUGAGUCCACCUCUGUAUGCACUCAACAUCAGAUUGCCUUCAACAAUGACAGGACUCUGUUUUAUACAAAAAAAAGACAAUUUCUCAUUCAUUUUAAAUAAUCUGGUUCCUAAUGUGUUCGGGCCAGAAACACGAAUAGUCAUAUCCUUCAUUGUUUUAAGUUUGUUCAUAGAUAUUUUUUUAAAUAGAUGGUUACUGUUUAUUUGUAUGAUUCAAGCUGUUUGUUCGGCAGAGUUCUGCUUUGGCUGGAGUUGCUGCCUCUGUGCCUUCAGUUUCUCUGCCCUAUGGUGUAUGCUUUCUAAGCUACCAAAAUGCUGCUUUUACCUGUCAAUGCAAGAACUCCAGCCAUUUUUUUUUUUUAUAUAUUUCACUAAAGCCCUGAAACAGUGUACCACCACUUUGUGUUAGAGCGCAUGGGGUCUCAUGUCUCCAUUUAAAGAGUAACAAAACUGCAUCCCUUUAGCCGCUAAACUGCCCUUCCAAAAUUGCCGGAAAGUCAUUGGCUGUAAGUCCUCUUUUGGAUGGAAUGCAGGUUGGAAAAUCCUGAUAUAAUAUACAUUGGGUUUUUUGUACUCCCAAGCAACAGACAUCUGUACUUGCUCUCCUGUUUCAGCAUAUGAGUCUUAUAUUUGUGCAGUCAGUCUGGGCUGCUCAGUCUAUUUGUAAGGGAAUGAUACAAUUAAUCAUUGCUACUUUGAGAAGAGGCUUCCUGCAGAGGAUCACCUCCACCUCACACUUGAAUGGAAAGCAGCAUGGAUCACCCUGCACGGGCAAUUAUUGCCCAAAAAUGUGUAAUUAAGAUGCUGCAUGUAGCUGUGGACACAUGACAAAUACAAUCUGCCCAAGUUGCACUACAUUUAUUUUCCAGCCAAUGUAGAAAAAAAAAAAAAAGAUCAUGGAUUGCUAUUAAAUGCAGAAAAGCAAGGGAGCGAUACAGAAGUGUGUUUGUAUGGUGGUUGAUAAUCCCUGCUUUUAUUUCUUUGCAAUUAAAAAUUCUUUGAACCUCUAAAGAAUGCAGCACAGGGAAUUUCGAUUGCUCUUAUGAGUGAACAGCUGGCCAAGGUAUAUGUAUCUAAUUUUUAGGAACAUUUCAUUUAGGUUGAUUAAGGCCUGUUUGCUGUUUAAAGGCUUUUUCCAAUUUUGGUGUACUUUAUUUUUUUCCCCCCUGUUUUAAGAUCCAAGUAGGAAUGCGUUCAUAUUGUUGUAUAUACCAAACGGGAAGCACGCUCUUCUUGAUGGCAGUGCUGAGUGGCUGCUUCAUCCAAGACUUCUUUGUUUCUACAUAUCUGCUCACUUUAUUGUGGAACCUCUGCAUGUAAAUUGUAAGUGACAAAUCCUCUUUAGCACUGUACAUUUAUUGUACCCUGCACGUAAUAUAUAUAUAUAUUGGUCACUACAGUAUAACUGUCGCAUUGAAAUCAGAAAGUCUUCUUCCUUCUAUAACCUGUAAGAUAAAUGAAGAUUUGGAAGGUUCCACUCUGAUGCUUUAUUUUCAGGAGCACAUAAAAUCCAUGUAUAGCUUUUUGCUCACUUUAUUUUAAGGCAGUGCUCGUUUAUACAUUUUAACACAAAAGUCUCCCAUCUAUGCAGAUUUGAAUCUCCCUAGGCACUCGCCUCUACAGCUGGCCAUACAUAUGAAGGCUGCCAAACGAGCGGCUCUCUCACCGAUAUUGGGCUGAUUUGAUAGUGGGCCCUCAGGCCCAACGAUCGGAUAACAACUAGGAGGAUAUGGUUGGUUGGAUCAAGGACCGCAUCAUGAACCGAUGCAGUUUUUUUAUCUGAGGGGAUUUUUAAAUUCACCUAAUGGACAUCUGGCCAACUUUUGGCAUGAUAUUGAAUGGGGAAGCCUGAUCAAACUGCCCAAUAAGAUGCCGACUUAAUCUAUCGCCAGCUUAUAUCUGCUCGUAUAUGGUGGCUCUUAAGUGUGUGUGUGCAAACUAUAUCAAUCCAGUAACAGUGAAAGGACUGCUUUUGGAUUGGGUUCAAGUCUCAUGCCAGUGAAGAUCUGCUUGGCCCCCAGUCCAACAAUCAGAUCACAUAGAGGCCCCACGCACGGCACAAUAGUAUUUGCUCUCCCAAUCGAUAUCUAAAAAGCCCUGUAAAAUUAGAGUUGGGGAUACUCUAGAGUGGGGAGGUGCUGAUUAGGGUCUGUGUAAAUGUGAUCUCUUCUUGUUUACUAAAUUAGUUUACUCUGGCCCCAUGCAUGGUCCAAAUAGCUGUUGUCCUCUCAGGAGGGGCUGAUUAGGCAGCUAGUGUUCCCCUGAGAAGCUAGGAGGACUUAAUGGAACAUGACUUCUCUAACUUGCCUUUCAAUGAGGAACGAGCUCCCCUACAUUGUAGCUCUUACAUUAGGGAUGCACCGAUUCCAGGAUUCGGUUCAGGAUUCUGCCUUUUUCAGCAGGAUUCGGUUUCUGACAAAUCCUUGUGCUUGGCCGAACUGAAUCCUAAUUUGCAUGUGUAAAUUAUGGGUGGGGUAGGGAAAUUACGUGACUUUUCGCCACAAAAUAUUAAUUUUUUCCACUUUUUCCUUUCCUGACCCUAAUUUGCAUAUACAAAUUCACGUUCGGUAUUCGGCCGAAUCCCAAAUAGUGGAUUCAGUGCAUCCCUAUUUUACACAGACCCAAAUUUCUCCAUUGCUUACCCAAAAUGCUUCAUAGUGAUCCCCAAAGAAGUGGUGUUGAUAAAUAUUUAGGGGAUUUUUUUGCUAUGUUAUAUCUCAAAAGAAAUAAUCAUUUAAGCCAGUUAUCUGUGCAUUUUAUCAAUCAAAGUUGUUUCUGAAAACCAUAUAUAGUGCUUGAUCUGGUUGAAAUAAGCCACACUAGGAACCCAAUCCCCAUUAUUCACAGCCACAGCUUUCCUGAUGGCAGUUGUAUUUGUGCAGCAGUUCUAGGGGCAGGUGCAUGGCCAGGGCAUUGCUUAUUAUCGUUGCACUGCACUCUAUAUCUGCCUGGGGAUUUAGAAUACGAUCGGUGGGGGUUAUUUUCACUAUACAUUAUAUUAAUAUAUUCUUUAUGUAGUCCAUCAUUUUGGACCAGAUGACCUGGGAAAUAUGUGAAUGUUUUGUGAAGUGUGACUUUAUUCUGUGGGUUUCUUUGCGUAUAAUAGGAGUAGUGUAGGCAAGUAUUACUGUUACUGUGGCUUCCACAAUGUUUAACGCGGUUAUUUUGUGACAAGCUUUUAUUUUGAUUUUAUGUUUGAAUGAUUUGGAAUACAGUCUUUUACUUACGAUGAUGA